CCUCACCUGUCGUCGCCCCCACCCCUGCGCAGCGCAUACACACUGCGCACGGCCGCAGAGCUCUCGCGUCGCCUCCCGGACACCUCCGCCGCGAGACAUGGCCGGCACGGGCGACGACGCCGGGAUGGACGAGGUCCAGAGGCGCCUCAUGUUUGACGACGAAUGCAUUUUGGUAGAUGAACAGGACAACGUUGUUGGUCAUGAAUCAAAAUAUACCUGCCAUCUGAUGGAGAAGAUUGAAUCUCUGAACCUGCUCCACAGGGCUUUCAGUGUAUUCCUUUUCAACUCAAAACACGAGCUGCUACUUCAGCAAAGAUCUGCAACAAAGGUUACCUUUCCUUUAGUAUGGACCAACACCUGCUGCAGUCAUCCUCUGUACCGUGAAUCUGAGCUUAUUCAGGAAAAUUUUCUUGGUGUCAGAAAUGCUGCUCAGAGGAAGCUCCUCGAUGAGCUGGGCAUCCCAGCUGAAGAUGUGCCCGUCGACCAGUUCACCCCUCUCGGUCGGAUGCUUUACAAGGCACCAUCUGAUGGGAAAUGGGGCGAACACGAGUUGGACUACCUGCUGUUCAUAGUGCGCGACGUGAAGCUGGUCCCGAACCCGGACGAGGUGGCGGACGUGAAGUACGUGCGCCGGGAGCAGCUGCAAGAGCUCAUCCGGCAGGCGGACGCCGGCGAGGGCGGGGUGAAGCUGUCCCCCUGGUUCAGGCUGGUGGUGGACAACUUCCUCAUGGGCUGGUGGGAGCACCUGGAGAAGGGCACGCUCGCGGAGGCCGUGGACAUGGAGACCAUCCACAAGCUCAAGUGAGGACGCCAUCUCUUGUGUGCUGAAAAAGAAUUUAUCAACAUACAGCUAGAUAAUUUAUAUUUGUUUAUUAAACCAUCGCGUCUGGAUAAUAAAGAACAGUGGUCACCUGCCUCGAUGAUGACCUGUUAUUACCGGUUUACAUUAUAAUGAGAAAAACGCUCAGUUAAAGCCA